GGGCGGGUUGGGUGGGGUGCAUCGUGGUGGGGAGGCGUCGAUGGAUGUGUCGGCGGAUUUGACCGAGUUGGGGAGGACCAGGGUGGCGGUGGUUAGUAGUGGGUGCAAGGGCUUCUUGGAUAUUCCGAGGACGUUGGAGUUUUUGGAGACGCAGGGGGCGUUGGUGGCGACGUUUGCGGAUGGCGGCGCCGCGGCGGGCGGGAAGGGGGUGGAUUUUCCGGCGUUUUGGGCGCGGGAGAGCGGCGUGCCGAGUCCGUCGGUGGUGAGGGACGAGAGGGACGCCGCGGCGAUUAUCUUGGCGCAGGAGCGGUUGGGCAUCGAGUCCGGGAUGCUGUUUGCGAACCCGAUCCCGGAGGAAGCGGCGAUUCCGAGGAAGGAGAUGGAGCUGGUUAUUGAGACGGCUGUCAGGGAGGCGGCGGAGAAGGGGUUCACCGGGAGUGCCAAUACGCCGUACGUCCUCACCAGGAUCAGGCAGCUCACGGAGGAGAGGAGCACUUCGGCUAAUGUAGCGCUGGUGCGGUCCAAUGUUGCGCGUGCAGCUAAGAUUUCGGUCGAGUUGGCUAAACUACUGGACGGAGCGCCGGUGACGGUCAAGGCGGCAUCUCCGGGCGUUGACAGCGCCAAACAAGCAUCAACUCCGGCGGCCAAAAUCCAGUCAGAGGUAGACACAGCGGCCAAGCCAGAGGAUCCCCAUCCGGUGGACGUCCUUGCAGCAGGCUCAGUAGCCCUUGAUUUGAACUGCGACUACGCUGGCGGUUCUCCGUCAGGAAACAGCAAGGCAGUGUCCCCAGCUUUGCACACAUCCAAUCCUUCCACCAUCAGCCAAUCUGUCGGCGGCGUCGGGCACAAUAUCGCCCUGGCAGCACACAGGAUCAGUGGCGAAGGCAAGGUCCGGUUAUGCAGCAUGGUUGGCGAUGACAUCGCCGGCUCGACGAUUUUGUCCACCCUCCAAGCCUCGGGCCUCGACACCUCCAGCAUCCGCCAGCUUGGUGCCGAAUUCCCGUCCGCCCGCACAGCGCAAUACGUGGCCGUCAACGACGCCGACAAGAACCUCGUCAUGGCCAUGGCCGACAUGGACAUCUUCUCCACCCACUCCUUCCCCGCAGACUGGACCUCCACCGUGGCCGCCUCCAAGCCCAAGUGGCUAGUCGUCGACGCCAACUGGUCCGAGGCCGACAUCCAGACCUGGCUGCGCGCAGGCACGAAGCACGGCGCCGAUAUCGCCUUCGAGCCGGUCUCAGCCGCCAAAUCCCAGCGCCUCUUCCCCACCCUCAAAACGAACCAAACUCCCCCCCUCAGCGUCUACCCGCACGCGAGCGUCGGCCUCUGCACGCCCAACCAGCACGAGCUGCUGGCCAUGUACGAGGCGGCGCGCGGGCGCGGCUACCUGGAGCACGACGCGGCCUGGUUCGGCGUGUUGGACGGGUUUGGCAUCCUGCGCGGCGCGCGCGACCGCUUCGUCGACAUCGCCUCCGCCCCAAUCGCCGACGCCGGGAUUCCCGUUCAGUGCGUCAACCUGCUGCCGUACAUCCCGACCAUUGUUGCGAAGAUGGGUGCGGGCGGGGCGUUGUUGGCGACGGUGCUGGGGAGGGAGGAUCCGAGGCUUAAGGACCCCGAGCAUGCGCGGUUUGUGGUCAGUCGCUCGAUGAAUGAUCAUCCGCAUGUUGGGGGGGUGUAUAUGAGGUUGUUUCCGGCGGUGGAGCAGGUGGAAGAUGUGGUGUCGGUCAACGGGAUUGGGGAUACGUUUAUGGGUGUGUUGGUGGCCGGUUUGGCUAUGGGGGGGAAGGUGGACGGGCUGAUUGAUGUUGCGCAGAGGGCGGCGGUCUUGACGUUGAGGAGUAAGGAGAGUGUUAGUGAGGAGGUCAGGGGGCUGAGGGGGGAUCUAAGGAGGGCUGUUGAGGAGUCGCGGUGAUAAGAUACGGAGUCGGCUACUCUUCAUGUGCACCUAGAUAGAGUUUCUUCUCGAUGAGAUACCAGUAAAUCGCUUAUUACUAACUACCUACUACUCGAAUAAUUAAGGACUGAAAGAGGGUAAACAACUAAAGCGGAGUCGCAUUGUCAACCACGACUCACGGGCUGGUGUUGACUCGCCCCUGAGCAACACAUGUCUCCUCUGUGACAACCGACACACACCAAGCCCGAAAAGCCAAUUGGAAAAC